AUGGCAUUUGAAACCGAGAUCGAGACUAAGAGAAGAGAAUUGAAUUAUUUGAAGCAUGUUUCUGCAUUGACACAGAAAUUAAAGGCUCAAUUGGACGAGCUGAGCGUUCAGGUAGCGCAGAUGAAUAGCAAUGCUGUGACUGUUAAAGACGUAAUGGCUAAUUGGGACUCGGUUCUUCGGUCUAUCUCUCAGGCUUCGAUAUCUUUACUUCAGUAUACAGAAAACGACUAUGAGACUGGGAAAUGGGCCAGUAAAGAGGAACAUAGAAACCAACAGGGCGCUGAAGAUGAAAGUGCUGCGUCAGAAAGUUCAGAAGAUAACCAGCAGCGGCAACAGGAUCAAUUACCUCCGCUUCCGGAAACUUUGGUACGGGUGAAAGUUGCAGAUGACGUUGAAUAA